GAAAAACCGCGCGUGCGCAUUACUCAACCCAGCAAGCUGGACAGGAAUUUCUCGCCCUUCUCACUAGCUGCGUUGCACAGGUACAAAACUCCACCCGAACAGCGCAGACAAAAGUGCUCCCCCACUUUUUUUCUUUUGUUCCCGCCUCCUGUUUUCAUUGGCUUGCCAGACUCCCCAAAGGAGCCCCUGAGCUGUAGGCAGGACAAAAAUAAAGUUUUGCCUGUGAGUUUAGCAAGAAAAAGAAGGAGGGUUGACUGACGGCGGACACCUCAUUUCCUCCGUGCCGAGCGUGCAGCUCAGCUGAUAGCUUUUCACACGCACCAGUUAUACCGACCCGCAUCUGGAGAACGGCCCGAGUUCUGCCCAGCCGCGCACGUGGAGAGGGGCCAGUUUUCUGAGAAGCGCCCCUCGCCCAAUCAGGGAGCGAGCGCGUGGCAGCCGCAGCCAGCAAUCGUAGAGGGGGGGGGAAUGCCUCUUCUUGCUCCUCCUAUCCCCCGCGGGGGGUGGGGGUUGUAGUCUGGAAACGGCGGCGGCGGCGGCGGCGGCGAGCAGCCCUUGGGCAUGGUCCGCCGCGGUGGUGGAGAGCAAGGCAGACGCGAGGCGGUUCGCUGAAGGCGAGCGGAGCGACACGAGAAAUCGCGCGCCGAUCGCAGUCGCGCUCUCGCGCCACUCUUCACUUCGCCAACAGCAGCAGCGCGGGCGCGCGCUCCGGUUUAUUGCCACAAGCGCAGGAUGGCGCACUGGGGUCUCCCGGCUCGAGGAACCUCGGCAGCCAGCGGGGGAAACUUAUGGGCGAGGCGUGCCGCUGCCGCCGCUCUUCUAGGGCUCCUAGCGAGCAGCUUGUGCGCCGCCGUGGAGGAGAAAAAAGUUUGCCAAGGAACCAGCAACAGGCUAACACAGCUUGCAAGUGUGGAAGACCACUACAACAGCCUGAAGAAAAUGUAUGAGGACUGUGAGGUGGUGCUUGGCAAUCUAGAAAUCACUUAUGUGGAUAACACGCAUAACCUUACUUUCUUGAAGAGUAUACAAGAGGUGGCUGGUUAUGUGCUUAUAGCAUUAAACACAGUGAAAAAUAUUCCUCUGGAGAAUCUCCAGAUAAUCCGAGGAAACACCCUUUAUGAAAAUACUGCACUGUCUGUUUUACUAAAUUUUAACAAUAUGGGGGGGCUUGAAGAGCUACCAUUGAGAAGUUUAGCAGAAAUUCUAAUUGGAGGAGUAAAAUUCAGCAAUAAUCCUUACCUUUGCAACAUGGAUAAUGUUCUUUGGGACGACAUUGUUGAUAAAAUAUACGGCAAAGGCUUUGUACAGUUUGACACCUCUGAAAGUGCAGAAAUAUUGUUAACAACUUGCCCACAGUGUCAUCCCAAUUGCACAAGAGGACACUGCUGGGCUGCUGGCCUAGAGAACUGCCAAACAAUAACAAAGGUUGACUGUGCAGCACAAUGUUCAGGCAGAUGCAAGGGGAGGUUGCCGAGUGACUGUUGCCAUACCCAGUGUGCAGCAGGAUGUACAGGUCCUAAAGAGAGUGAUUGCUUGGCAUGUCGCAAGUUUUGGGAUGAUGCAACCUGCAAGGAGUCUUGCCCACCUUUGCAAGUGUAUAAUCCUAGCGCCUAUCAGUUGGAUGACAACCCUGAUGGAAAAUACAGCUUUGGAGCAACUUGUGUAAAGAAGUGUCCACAUAACUAUGUUGUAACAGACUUUGGUUCAUGUGUCCGGUCAUGUCCCCCAAACUCUACUGAAGUGGAACAAAAUGGCAUUCGGAAGUGUAAAGUAUGUGAUGGCCCCUGUACGAAAGUGUGCAGUGGGAUUGGAACAGGUGAACUUAAAGGUGUCCUUGCUGUUAAUGCAUCCAAUAUUGACUAUUUCAAAAAUUGCACCAUGAUCAGUGGAGAUCUCGCAUUUCUGAAAGUAUCAUUUUUAGGGGAUGAAUACACAAAAACACCUCCUUUGGAUCCAAAGAAGCUGGAUAUCUUUAAAACUGUUAAAGAAAUCACAGGAUUUUUGUUGAUCCAGAUUUGGCCUGGAAAUAUCACAGAUUUGAAUGCUUUUGAAAAUCUCGAGGUUAUAAGAGGCAGAACGAAACAAAUGGGCCAAUAUGCACUUGCUAUCUCUAGUGUGAAUAUAACCUCUUUGGGAUUGCGUGCUCUUAGAGAAGUAAGCGAUGGAGAUGUUGCCAUUUUGAGAAACAACAACCUCUGCUUUGGUAACACAGUGGAUUGGAAGAAACUUUUUGUAACAUCAAAUCAGCAAACAAAAAUAAUUAAAAACAGAAAUGAAAGUGAAUGUGCUGCUGCAGCACAAACUUGUCAUCCCCUCUGCUCGGAUGAAGGCUGCUGGGGCGCAGGAACCUUCCAGUGCUUUUCUUGCCGUUACUUUAAUCGCCAACGGGAGUGUGUAAAAGAGUGCAACAUUGUGCAAGGGGAGCCUCGGGAGUUUGAAAGGCAUCAGCAGUGUGUCCAGUGCCAUCCAGAGUGCCUGGUGCAAAAUUUACCUGAAUUCAAUGCAACUUGCACAGGACCUGGUCCAGACAAUUGCCUGAAGUGUGCCCACUUUAAAGAUGGUCCUCACUGUGUUAAGACUUGCCCUGCUGGCAUUUUGGGUGAAAAUGAUACAAUAGUCUGGAAAUAUGCAGAUGGAAAUUCAAUGUGUCAGCUAUGUCAUCCAAACUGUGUUCGGGGGUGCAAAGGACCAGGGCUUGAAGGUUGUCCUAAUGGUUCUAAUGUCCCAUCCGUUGCAGCUGGAGUUGUUGGGAGCAUUCUGUGCUUAGUUGUUGUAGCAUUGGGCAUUGGUCUCUAUGUUCGCAGGCGUCGCAUUGUUAGGAAACGUACUUUGCGCCGGCUGCUACAAGAAAGAGAGCUUGUUGAACCCUUGACUCCCAGCGGAGAGGCACCAAACCAAGCACUCCUAAGGAUUCUGAAGGAAACUGAAUUUAAAAAGGUCAAAGUUCUUGGUUCUGGAGCUUUUGGUACUGUCUAUAAGGGGCUCUGGAUUCCAGAAGGAGAGAAAGUUAAAAUUCCUGUGGCAAUUAAGGAAUUGAGAGAGGCCACAUCUCCUAAAGCAAACAAAGAAAUUCUUGAUGAAGCAUAUGUGAUGGCGAGUGUUGACAACCCUCAUGUGUGCCGUUUGCUGGGAAUUUGCCUCACAUCCACUGUUCAGCUCAUCACUCAGCUUAUGCCUUGUGGCUGUCUUCUUGACUAUGUUAGAGAGCAUAAGGAUAACAUUGGAUCCCAAUACCUUCUCAACUGGUGUGUGCAGAUUGCAAAGGGAAUGAAUUAUUUGGAGGAACGUCGUUUGGUACACCGUGAUUUGGCUGCCAGGAAUGUCCUUGUUAAGACUCCUCAGCAUGUGAAGAUCACUGACUUUGGACUGGCCAAGUUGCUCGGUGCAGAGGAGAAGGAGUACCAUGCAGAAGGAGGAAAAGUUCCUAUUAAGUGGAUGGCUUUGGAGUCUAUUCUGCACCGCAUUUACACCCACCAAAGUGAUGUUUGGAGUUAUGGUGUCACAGUUUGGGAAUUAAUGACAUUUGGAUCAAAACCAUAUGAUGGUAUCCCAGCCAGUGAAAUAUCUUCUGUUUUGGAGAAGGGAGAACGGUUGCCUCAGCCUCCCAUUUGUACAAUUGAUGUCUACAUGAUUAUGGUCAAAUGUUGGAUGAUUGAUGCAGAGAGUCGCCCCAAAUUUCGGGAACUGAUGGCAGAAUUCUCCAAAAUGGCUCGGGACCCCCAGCGCUAUCUGGUUAUACAGGGGGAUGAAAGAAUGCACUUACCAAGCCCAACAGAUUCAAAAUUUUACCGAAGCCUGAUGGAAGAGGAUGACAUGGAGGACAUUGUGGAUGCAGAUGAGUACCUCAUUCCACACCAGGGAUUUUUCAGCAGCCCAUCAAACUCACGGACACCUCUCUUAAGUUUACUGAGUGGUACAAGCAAUAAUUCUACAACUAUGGCCUGCAUUGAUAGAAAUGGGCAGGGACAUCCAGUAAGAGAAGACAGCUUUAUCCAGCGAUACAGUUCAGAUCCAACUGGGGUUUUCCUGAAUGACAGCCUGGAUGAUAGCUUCCUGCCUGCUCCAGAGUAUGUGAACCAGCUAGUGAACAAAAGACCAUCUGCUUCUGUCAUGCAAAAUCCAGUCUACAACAGCUCCUCCCUUAUCAUCGAUGCAAACUCUAUGGCUGAUUCAAACCAUCAGAAUUCCCACUGGACAACCCUGGACAACCCUGAAUAUCUUAACACAAACCUCUCUCCUUUGGCUAACACCGUUUUCAGCAGCUCACCCUGCUGGGACCAGACAGCCAACCACAAAAUAAAUCUGGACAAUCCUGAUUAUCAGCAAGACUUCUUGCCCAGGGAGACGAAACCUAACGGCAUCUCUAAGCUUCCUGCAGCCGAGAAUCUAGAAUACCUAAGAGUAGCAACACCAAAAAGUGAAUACAUAGAAGCUUCAGCCUGACUACUGAAAGAGACCUCUUGUAGCACCAGGAAUGCUGGUAAUUAUGCUGGCUGCUGUAGAAACAGAUUAUGGACAGAUAAGAGCAGUUGCAAUGUACCUCCAUGCACACAUUUCCUUCUGUGUGUGUAUGUGUUGAUUUCAUCAAGUUCACUAAGGACUUCUUACUUGUGUCUUUAUGGAAGACGUGAUACGAAAUGAAAAGACAAUAUCCAGCAAGAAGAAAUUGUUGUUGCAUUGAUUCAUGUUCUUUACAAGCUGUAUUGGAUUACAGCCUGUGUUUUGUAAACAUCUGUGAUAUUUGAAGAGCUUUUAUGAAAUCAAGAAGACCAGAUAUUGAACUGUUUGAUGCCACAUGGAUAAUUUAGGGGUGGGAAGAGAAAGCACAAGACUGUGUCUCCUGAAGAUUUAAAGAAAAACUUCCUAUAAAUUGGUCCAUCUCUUUAAAUGACAGUUCAAUUUCACAUUUUGUUGUACAAAUGAGAAGAAAAAGGCACCUAGAAAAAAUGUGGAGAGUCUCGGAAGAAAACUGAAUAGACUGGGGAGAAUCUGAUUAGCCUUGGUCAGUUUAGCAGAAGGACUUGCUAUGGUACUCACUGCCAACUGACUGCUACUGUUAGGAAGCCAGAACACUGCAAAUUUAAGGCAUUGUUCAGGAAUGCUUAUAAAGUACUCACUAGACUGUCUCUAAAGUGUUCACUGUAGGCCUGAAUAGCAUUUUUCGGUUGGUGUUGCUUUUGUUUUUGUUUUCUGGCUCCACUAUUUUCUCUAGAGUUAUGAAAAAUGAGUUUUAAAAGUUUAUAACUAAAAGCUAUAAAUGGAAAAUAUUUUUUAAAAAUAAAAACAAAACCCAUUUCCACUCUGCUGCCUUGAUGGCAUUUAGACAAUUAGUAUGAAUUUAAACAGUGGGGAAAUGCAAAGGUUGCAAUUUGACUGAAGUCCUGUGAAUAUGAGCAUAGCUGCAUAUACACUAAUGGCGGAAUCCAUGAAAUUCUCUUGCACAAGCUCAAAGGAAUUAAUGCUCUUGCUCAGCUCCCAUUGAUCUUAAUAAAGUUUAACAAAGUGUGUGCAGGAGAACGUCCCAUUGAUUUGUAAUUCACAGGUGUGAGUAGUGGGGAGACUAGUGAAAGCAGUUACAACCACAAAAAAAUAAUUUUGAUACUUUCAUAUGAAAAUUUAGCCCUACAGUGAAAAUUGUAUAGCAUGCCAAGUAUAUGAAGAACACAGGGGCAAAAACCAGAAUUAGUCACCUGUCUGUGAUCACCAAAAUUUACUCACCAACACAUUUAUACAGGGAUAAUUUCAUACCAAUCCAGCAAUUAUAUAUGAAAGUACUAUUAGCCUUGUAAAUGUGUGGAUUCAUUGCCACCUGAAUUAGUGCAACAGAAAAACCCACCCAAUUAUUAUUAGCACUUUCUGUUACACAUGGAAUAUGUUUCAACAGAAAUCUUUAGUUGCUCUGGAAACGCACAUCAGGCCCCAAACCAAUUUGCAUUGAAGGAGAGGGGGCCAUCUGGCCCAUUAAGGGCUCAUUGAAGCUUCUGUGGCUCACAAUAUGCAAUAUGGUCCAUAAAUGAGAAUAAAAUUGCCUCUCUGUUGUCUCUAUUAGUAAAAGUAGAACAACCAUCAUAAUAGUAAGCGGUUAGAUAAUAUUUUAAUGACUUUAUGGGCUUGCAUCUUUAUAGAAUCAAGCCUUUUAUUUUUUGAAACUAACAUUGUAGUUCUGCUCACAAAUAUGCAUUAGUGCUGUCCCAUUUUUCUGAUAAGGUUGUUAAUCAGUUCCUCAAACCCAGCAGAAACAGCAUUAGCAAGUUGGCUCACCUUUGUUUCAUCCUACACUUCUUUGGGCCACAUUUCAAUUAAAUUUACUGUGAAUGCAGAUUUGAUUUCAUCCUAAUGAAGUAUCUCAUGUUUCCCUUUAAAAACUUACCUAAACUCACACUCUUCUAAGACCGUUUAUGAUGAGCUGUUACAGGAAAAUAUGUCGCCAUUUCCCAUUUGUAGUUCUGUCCUGUUUGGGGUAGCCUUUGAAUCAACACACACACACAGGGUGAAAUCCAUAUCUUAAUUGCUUAGUACAUUUGCUUUAUCAAAUUGUGGAUUUAUUUCUUUUAUAUUAUAAUUGUCCUAUACAGCAGUUUGUUAGUUUCUUGAUCCUUGGGAUUGCUCUCCCAUAUUAAAUUAAAGUCCAGGACGCAUCAUUGUUCAUAACAGUAUAUUUUCCACUCUCUGUAGGGAUUUUAAGAUUCCAUUUUAGUAUUAUAAUGGCUUUUUCAUGCACCACUUGGCUACACCAGUGUCUUUCCUUCUGGGAACUGGGAACAUGCCAUUAUAUAAAUAAUCACUCCCCCCCACCCCACCCCAUGUUAGUUUGGGCUUCUAUUUCAGCAGUGUGUAAAGGAGCCACUCUUUAGAAGAUCCCACACUACUGGAGUAAUAUGAGAACCUUCUCUCAGAAUGACUUCAGUGUCUGCUGGUCACAACAAGGGAUAAUUGAUACAAAAUGGCUUUCUUCCCUUUGUGAUAAAAAAUUAGUAUAGAACUCAGUUUAGUUACUGUAAACCCCCCAGAGAGCUUCGACUAUGGGUCGGUAUAUAAAUACAAUAAAUAAAUAAUCUUGUGUGGAGGUCCAAUGUGUGUGGGACUCUUGGAGCCCCACAUCCCAACAAGCCUAAAGCAAAGAUCACAACGUGGGGAGGAAGAAGUCACAUGAGUCUAUCCUCAAAAAUUUGGUAAUUUCUAAUUAUUAUGUGAGGAGACCGGAUCUUGAAGGAGGAUUGCUUACACACAGGUACUAAAGCAUAAAUAGCACAUGCAUACUGUGUGAAUAAUGGGAGAGGGGAGCACAGUAAAAGCCAUUUCCCAUACUUGUCUACAUUAUCACCUCAGACUGUCCUAAAUGUAAAUUUCCUGGUUGUUUUUCAAGUAGCCACAGCUUCCCUAGCACAUUUGCAACAACUCUAUACUAGAUGAAUGAAAGCAGUUUAAUUUUGCAAGUGGUUGAAAUGUCUUCCAUGUGUGUUGCAGAAAGGUAUUCAGCAUAAAAACCACAUAUAUGAUAGUCACAUACAAUGAUUCCUACACUGGAAUCUCAUUAAUUUCUACACCAUAUUUGGUGACAGAUGCAGUCCUAAGUGUAAGACUCUUUGCAUUUCCUAACAGGCAUUUCAUUAUUGAGAUUUAGAAGUUCAGUACGGGCAAUAACACAAAAACUGCUAUAUACCUCUUCAAUGUCAGCUGUUGUUAACAUUGCUCUAGUUUUUCUAUGAUUUAUAUUUCUCUAUGAGAAAAUAUUUUUGGUGGGGCAAAGUGAGAAUUAUCUUUUUUGUUUGCACCUCCUAAUUCUUGUUCAUGUGUAGUAAAAUAUUGUAAACUAUAUAAAAUUCCACUGCCAGGGGUGACACUUUAAAGGUUUUGUGAUCUUAAAUCACCAUUAAUUUGUUUUUUUUUCUACUGAAAUCAUUUCCUCCUUUAUUUUCUAAUAAUUUUCACUUUCUUUCCAUUUUAUUCUUUUGCUCCUGACUUUUAAAGACACCUUUUUAAGAAUUUUUUUAAAAAAAUUUAAGAUACACAUUUUAUCUUUUUCACAUAAAAAAUGGGCUGUUAGGACCAAAGAUAAUGCUUCAUUUUCUUAUCUUAAACAGAAGUCUAUUCAUCACAAUUUUCUAAUUACUUACCUAUCAACUGUGAGCUGGCAUGGGAUCCACCACUAGACCCCUACUUAAGAUUCAGGUAUUCCUAAGGCAAAAUCAGCCAUAAGGGGCAAGACAAAUUCUCAUUAAAACAAGCAUUUUUCCUAUUUAAGGACUGGCUGUAUAUAUAUUUCAGGAUUAAAAUAUGAUCACCCUGCAGAUAGCAAUCGGGGUGGUAUAAGCUGCAAUCCUAUAUGUGCUUUCCUGUUAGUAUGCCCCACUGAAUUCAGUGAGGGACUGACUUCUGAGUAGAUAUGCAUAGUGUUGCAGGGAUACUCAGGUAACAAGGCCAAAUCAUGGUGGUGGUGAUAAUAUUUAAUUUUAAAUGUUUUGGUAAUAGAUGGCAUAGUGCAUUCACCUACCUGUUUCUACAUCAUAUACACCUUCUUGUUGGAUUCUGCAUAAAUGCACACACACACUUUUACUGUUGUGUUCUUAAUUUGUGUCCCAGACGUUCUUGUUGGGAUUUUCCAUUUGAGCAAUACAUUUUUUAUCUCAAACACAGCAUCAUUUCCUAAGGGGUGUGAAACUCUUAAAGCAUAACUCGACAUUAGUAGAGUCAAGGGCAAAGAAAGGGAUUCGUAAGCACUGUCCCAUGUCAAUGGGAAUUGUACUGGAGCAAGGCAUGGUAGAUUGAAACUUUCUUUUCCAUAUUUCGGAUCAGAAACUGUCUGGAAGUAAAAUUCCAAUAAAAAUGCAUAGAUUGUUAAUCUUGAUUGUAUUUAAACUAUGAAUGGCUUUUGCUGCCAUAGGGGCUUCCUUACACAGAAAGGUUGAGUAAAAAUAUAGUGAAUAAAUGUCUUGCAUACUGCCCUGUAGUUUCUAUAGAAAAUAAUGAAACACAACUGUCAAAACGAUUUAGUGCAGAGUUUGUUGGCAGUGUCUUUUGCUUGUUUUACAAAUAAUGAAUCCUGAAAGCUUCAAGAAUCAGAUUUCCACCUGCCCCCAAGCCCUGGAGCUAGCCUUCUGCAAUAAUGGAAUAUCUCAUUUAGGACACAAUCUACGAAUAUGCCUUCUGUACAAGCCCUGUUUGAAAUGCAUGAGAAAUGCAUCCUCAUUUACACCACCUUAAUAAUCAGGAGGUGCCUAAUUUUCAUCUCGUUCCAUCCAAUGGGUCUUGAAUUGAUUUACUGUGAACAAUGCAAGGUCAAAGCUCUGCAUCAUUUAGAGAAAAAAAGCCCAAUUUGUGUGCACUGAUCUACCAAAGAGAGAUAUACAUAAUAGAGCUGACUCUAUCAUUAGGCAGAAUGAUGUGGUGCUUCAGGCAGUGGAUGCUGGGAAUGGGAACAGUGCUUAGGGGUUCAAAAGGCAGAGCUGUAUGCGUCACACAACCUGCCCUGUGCCCUCUAAACUAGCCUGCUGCCCUUGUGUAUGGUAAAAGAUGCUGUCCUGUCACCAGCGUUGAAGUAACAUUCAGCUGCUAGUCUGUCAGGUUAUAUAUGUAGAAUGGGCAGAGCACUAUCUUGCCCUUUACCUCAGAUAACAAAAUGUCUUGAACAGGCCUGGCACAGAAGCAGAUUUCUCAGUAGCCAGUGUGGAUGCAGAUCCACAUGGUAAUGGUGAUCUAGGUCUCACUUAACCGGCAGGCUGCAACUCUUUAUGAGAACAGGAUGCACAUGCUCACCCAGGGCCUCUACUUGUUUCACAUGAUUAGAGUUGAAUUGGGAUCUGGGUACACAAACAUCCUGCAGAACUAGUGCCAAAUUUGUCUCAUUUUGGCAAAACUGCAAUCAGCUAUGUUUAGAGAAUAAUAUAGGUUAUAUGCUAUUCAAUAGUGUAUCUUUGGGUAUAGGGUUCAAACCACCAAUUGCUGUUCUUGUCCAGAUUCCAUUUUAAAUAAAUGGAGGUUAUGCAGGAUUAGUGGGGCACAUGUCUACAGGCAAUAGCUUGAGCAUUGGUAAAUUUAUUCACCUAUGAAAGCACAAUUUGUGCAAAUAAAUGCUACAUUUUGUAUUGCUAAUUUGUUUUUAGUAUUGAUUUUAAAACUUUGUAUAUUAAGUGAUAAAAAAUAAGAUGUGCAUAAUUCUUUUCCAUUGAUCUGUUUUUAAUUUUUUGAGGAUAUAUGGUGAUAUCCAAACUAAGUCAUACUCAGAAUAGAAACACUGAAAUUAUUGGACUUAAGUUGAUUGACUUCUAUGGGUCUACUCUGAAUAUUACUAACAUUGGAUAUCACCCAUUGUAAUAUAGUGUAUUGUGUUUGAUGGAAAAGGACCAUUUUGGCUGAUAAUGUACUGAUAAUGAAAGGUCUUUGAUUCCCUCUCUCCCCCCCCCCCAAUGACUCCAGAAGUGUCAGCAUGGGGACGUAAUCAGAAAUUAUAAGUUGUGUUCCUAAAUAUACACAUUUGGAAACAUGUUCCAUCAAGAAUGAUAGAAGCUGUUUCCAAGAAACAGCAUUAGGGCCAAAGCAGUUGUAACUUACUAAUACAGCACCACUUCACUUUCUAAGACCUUUAUUCCUUCUGUCCUAUGCUGAUUGUGUUAGUAUCCACGUAUACCAAUCUGUGAAAUUCACUGUACCAACUAAGGGGGUGUGCACCAGCUAGAAGACUAGACUUAUAUUCCUUUCCUAAGGAGGUUCAUCUGGCACUUUCGCUAAGCAAUUUUAAAGGUGUGCUAAAGACACACCUCUUUGCUUUGGCCUUCAGCUCCCGAGAUGUAUGUUUUCACAAGCCACCCUAUUCUUGUGACUGAAAUAUGUUUUAAUUCUUUUUAAUACUGUAUUUUAGAUUUUGUAACCCGCCCCAACUGGUGAAGGGCAAGCAAUAAAUAAUAAUAAUAGUAUCUGUAGCUUUGGGAAUUACCUGAUCUGUGUCUCUCCAGUUCCACUAGUUAUUUGGUACCCAAAUUAGAUCCAUUAAAAAUGAAGCUUUGUUUUCUCCCCAUUCACUAUAAUGGGGGAUCUAAAAAUUUAUAACUGUUUUCCUUUUCACAUAAGUGGAUGAAAUUGUCAGGCACAGGAGCCCCUCCAGAGUGGAUUAAUCCUGCCAAAUUGUAGACAGAUGCAUUUAAGGGUUUUCAUGCAGUGCCACAUUAAAAUUUGCUUUCUUUUCUAAAUAGUAUCUACCUUUUAACUUUUCUGCCAGAAUUGGAUGCAAUUUGCAGGUAUGGUCACUCACCCUGAGGAGAUGAAGCCCAUCAAAUUUUAGAAUAAUAGCUGUACUGGUUCUCCUGCAAAGGCAGACUUUACCAAUUUGGGGUGGAUACCAUAGGAAUCAUGGAGGGUGGGGAAGCAUGGAUUCACAGGAAACACAGGUGGAAGAAAUGCCUAGCACACCCCAGCCAAGCAAGGACCUUGUAACCCAACGAUCACUGAAGGUGGGCUUCUGGCCCCACCACAGGUUUUUUGGGGAUGCACCCUCUUCUCCCUGGGGGAGAGAUCUGUCUCAAUUGACUUGCAUAGCAGAAGAGUGUAGUAGAAAAAAUAGCAUCGAUUCACAUGGAAAGCAGUUUUUAAUAUUUACUUCAAUAACUCAUUCCAAAUCACGGUGGUUAGAGUGCCCAGAGGAAAUAAUUUACUGUGAUUAAAACCUAGCUCUGUCCAUCAAAACCAAAGAUGGACCACUUCAGGGCAGGGCAUUCCCCUAAUCAGCUUGUUUUUGCUUUUUUAAAAAAUUAAAUGCAAGGACUGCUUUAAAAAUGCAGUGGGUUCUGGGCAUCUAAAUCCAUAGACGCAAAUCUGCAGAGCAACUCAGGAUGUCAGGAGUCCAACUUGAAACAUUUUGUUAAUGGCUCAAUCUGACUCGGGUAUGUGAAAACCUUACCCAAACUGUCCCUGUUCACCUCUUGAUUUGGGAAGUACACAGAGCGGAUACACAACUAAUAAGUAAGUGCUUGGAUGGAUAAAUCAAUAAGUAUUCCCAGAGCUGUAUCUUGCCAAAAAUCUCCAUAGUGCAACUGUUAAUAAAUGGUGGAAGAAAUAACGAAUAUCAAAUCUGAGAUUAUCCAGGAAAUAACGGUUUCUGACUUUCAGAGUGUUAAAAGCUAGUAGGGAAAAAAAGCCACUUUGU